AUAGCGAAUUGACACCGGGAGAUCAGUUCCGUCAGAGCGAGUUGAGGCGCGUAUCAGCCACUGGUGAACAAAAUAACCCAACUCUGUGUAAUUUUAAGCAUCACAAGGAUUUCUCUUAGUGAAAACGCGUGUCUGCUUUGAACCUGCGUUUUUCUGGAGUUCGUUGACUUGUUUCGACUGCUGACUGAUUUUCCUGUGAAGAGGCGGCAUUGACAGCCGGUGUAACUGCCACACAUGCACUGAAGUGGUCCGCUGCUGCUGGUGGAGAAAUUUCAUUCCCGGCUUGUUAACAAGUCUGAUCUUCCCCGAGUCUCUUCACGGCCGAGUUCAGAAUUGCACUACAAUGUCUGCGGUGGCUUCUCUGCAGUAAGCACACAAAGGUUAUGCUGCCCAAAAGCUGCCUGAGUCCCAGUGAGAAAGAAAAGGGCUAAAGCCACGAGAGUCCCAGCCAGCUUUCCAGUGCCUCUCCAACAUCGACUCCACUGUGGAGCUAUGAGUGACCCCAGUGCUCCUGACCAGAUUACAGAUGUCGUGGCAUCGGUUGUUCACAGUCCAGAGGCUCCUGCUGCCUCGUCACCACACGGGUCUCCGCACCCUGAAGAGGAAGACGAUGGGGACCUGAACAAAUCUUUGGGCGUCCAGCGCUUCCAGCAGAUCCUCAGUCCCACAGCUGUUGUACCUGAUGAGCAGCACCACAUCUACCAUGAGGAGGACAUCGAAUACCACCGUCACUCCUCUCACCACAUCCACCGACCUCUGUCCAAACUGUCCUCCGAGGGACGCAGGAAGAGGAGCAGCAAGAAAAAGAAGAAGGACAAAGAACAGAAAACCUGCCAUGUUCUUAGCAGUGGCUCUUUAAAUGAAGUGGAGGAGGAGGAGGAAGAGGAGGAGGAGACAAAGGCAACGUCUCCGUCACCUGAGUCAGAGAGAGUCAGAGAUGUGGAGUUCUUUGUUUCGGAUGAAGACCAGGCAGCCAAUUGUGGCACAGAGAGCCCACGCUCGCCCAGAGAGCUGAAUAUCGUCCCACAGUCUGCUGUGGGAGCAGAUACUGAAGAUGCAACUUCCACAGAUAAACCAUCUUCACCAGAGACUUCCUGCCCUUCUCCUCAGUCGGUGUCACCUGAGCACACACCGCUUGCCCGGGUGUCAUCAGCCAGCCGCGGCUACGACUUGCAUGAGCGUCGGCGCACGGGCAACAUGACGGGUGCUGAGCAGGCCAAGUACCAGCGCAUUCCUACUGACGAGAGCGAGGCUCAGAUGCUGGCCUCUGCUGACCUGGAUGGUAUCAAGAGUCAUCGUUUCGAAGAUGUUCCUGGCAUGCGUAGACACCUGGUCAGAAAGAGCACCAAGGGGCAACAAGUGGUGCACAUUGGCAAAGACCACAAAGAGCUGACCACGCGCAGUCGUAAGCAGGACCGAACUCCACAUGAGGUGUUUGUGGAGCUGAACGAGCUGACCAUCGACAAGAAUCAGGAGAUGCAGUGGAAGGAAACGGCUCGUUGGAUCAAAUUUGAGGAAGAUGUGGAGGAGGAGACUGAGCGCUGGGGGAAACCUCACGUGGCUUCGCUGUCUUUCCGCAGUUUGCUGGAGCUCCGAAAGACCAUCUCACACGGUGCAGUGCUGCUGGACCUGGACCAGAAGACCCUGCCUGGCAUUGCCCACCAGGUGGUGGAGCAGAUGAUCAUCUCAGACCAGAUCAAAGCUGACGAUCGAGCUAAUGUCCUGAGGGCCCUCCUGCUUAAACACAGCCACCCAAGCGAUGAGAAGGAGCACAGUAGUAACCCUUUCCCCAGGAACAUCUCGGCAGCCAGCCUGGGCAGUCUGAUAACACAGCACCACGGUGCCAACCACACCCAUCAGUCAGAGCCCUCUGUUACUGACCCCCUUAUGAGCACCAUCCAUUCUGCUGGGAACACAGAAACAUGCAUUGACAUGGAGAAGAACGAAGUACAGCAGAAGGAGCCAACCUUUGUGUCCGGUAUGCAUCGGUCCAAAUCCAAGCAUGAGCUGAAACUGCUGGAGAAGAUUCCUGAAAAUGCUGAGGCCACAGUUGUCCUUGUUGGCAGUGUGGACUUCCUGAAGCAGCCCACCAUGGCGUUUGUGCGGCUGCAGGAGGCGGUGGAGUUGGACUCUGUCCUGGAGGUCCCUGUGCCUGUCAGGUUCCUGUUUGUUCUGCUGGGACCCCCGACCAGCAGCAUGGACUACCACCAGAUAGGACGCUCCAUCUCCACACUCAUGUCUGACAAGCAAUUCCAUGAGGCAGCCUACCUGGCGGAUGAGAGGCAGGACCUGCUGAAUGCCAUCAACAACUUCCUGGACUGUAGCAUUGUGCUGCCGCCUUCAGAGAUGAGAGGAGAUGAGCUUCUGCGCUCUGUCGCUCGCUUCCAGAGGGAGAUGCUCCGCAAGAGGGAGGAACAAGAGGUCAAGCUGUUGGACAAGGAAGCUAAGAGCCUUGAAGAGAAAGUGGCCCUCCUCACGCCUUUAAAAAAGUCUGAUGACCCUCUAGAGCGCACUGGACGUCCCUUUGGCGGGGUGAUACGAGACGUGCAGCGACGUUACCCAAAGUACAUCAGUGACUUCAAGGACGUCCUGAGCAGUCAGUGCAUGGCUGCCAUUAUCUUUAUCUACUUUGCUGCCCUGUCUCCAGCCAUAACAUUCGGAGGCCUACUGGGUGAGAAGACAGAUGGUCUGAUUGGUGUUUCUGAGCUGAUCAUAUCCACAGCAAUGCAGGGUGUGAUCUUCUGCUUGCUCGGAGCUCAGCCACUACUGGUCAUAGGAUUCUCUGGUCCCUUGUUGGUCUUUGAAGAAGCCUUUUACAGUUUCUGCAAAGCAAAUGACAUAGAGUACCUAACAGGUCGUGUCUGGAUUGGGUUUUGGCUCAUCGUCAUCGUGGUGAUCAUGGUGGCUUGCGAAGGAAGCUUCCUGGUCCGCUUCGUCUCCCUUUUCACCCAGGAGAUAUUCUCCUUCCUCAUCUCACUCAUCUUCAUUUGCGAAACCUUCAUCAAACUUGGCCAGAUUUUCAAGGAGCACCCACUGAAACGCUGUUCUCUCAACAACAGCACGGAGGGAGAUGCCUCAGCAGAAAAUGUCACACUGGUGCUACACAACAGCACCGUGCUGCCUGUGACGGUGAAGCUGCAAGGCGAACCCAACACUGCGCUGCUCUCUCUGGUUCUCAUGGCGGGGACGUUUUUAAUCGCUUUCUACCUGCGCAAGUUCAAGAACAGUGCGUUCUUCCCUGGAAGGUUACGCAGGAUUAUUGGAGAUUUUGGAGUACCAAUUGCUAUCCUUAUCAUGGUCCUGGUGGAUUACAGCAUAGAAGACACAUACACACAAAAACUGAGCGUUCCCAGAGGUUUCUCUGUGACAAGUCCUGACAAACGUGGCUGGAUCAUCAGUCCACUGGGUAGUAACGGUGAAUUCCCCAUCUGGAUGAUGUUUGCCUGCUGUUUGCCUGCUCUGCUGGUUUUCAUCCUCAUCUUUAUGGAGACACAGAUCACCUCCCUGAUAGUGAGUAAGAAGGAGCGGAUGCUGGUGAAGGGCUCUGGUUUCCAUCUGGACCUGCUGCUGAUUGUGGUGCUGGGCGGCACCUCAGCUCUGUUUGGCCUGCCGUGGUUGGCCGCUGCGACUGUCCGCUCAGUGACGCAUGUCAACGCCCUCACUGUCAUGAGUAAGGCCGUCGCCCCUGGAGACAAGCCUCGCAUCCAGGAGGUGAAGGACCAGAGGGUCACAGGACUCCUGGUGGCCAUCAUGGUUGGCCUGUCCAUUGUGAUAGGUGACCUGCUGCGGAUGAUCCCCCUGGCCGUGCUGUUUGGUAUCUUCCUCUACAUGGGUGUCAUGUCACUCAACGGCAUCCAGCUGACCGAACGGAUGAUGCUGCUGCUCAUGCCACCAAAGUAUCACCCUGACCACAGCUAUGUGCGCAAGGUCCGUACGUUGCGCAUGCAUCUGUUCACCUGCAUCCAGCUGGUGUGUUUGGCAGUUCUCUGGGCUGUUAUGUCGACACAGGCUUCCCUGGCUUUCCCCUUCGUCCUGGUCCUUACUGUUCCUGUCAAGAUGUUCCUGCUCCAACGCAUCUUCACAGUCAGAGAGAUGGCAUGUUUGGAUGCCGAUGAUGCAGAGCCGACGUUUGACGAGCGCGAGUGUCAUGACGAAUACUCGGAGAUGCACAUGCCUGUGUAGCCCAAAACGAGUCGCAUAUCUAAUAUACCUUUAGUGGACACCAAACCUUAUCAGACGCCCUCACUGAGAUGUGGGAUGCAUAGUCCCCUCCAGGCUGAAACACUCAGAGUUUUGAUGCCGCAUCACUGUGUGCUGCCGGCCCUCUUCAUCAUCAUCGCACAGCACGUUAGACGCCUUGUUGGCUGUUACUUUAACCAAACAUUUCACUAUUUAAGUAGGUUGUUAUCAAUUUGACGGAGGCUGACUAUCAGCACUCUGUGGCACGAACGAUGAAAUCCAACUGAAGAGAUCCAACAUUUAUUCACAGAUAAAAUUUUUAUUUUUAAAUACAUUUUAAGUAUUUUAUUACUGCAUAUAUAUUUCAGGGUGCACAAGAGUCUAAAUCAGAUGAUGUGAUCUCAAGCUCAAAAUUAGAUGCCAGUAGACAGACUUGCGAGAUGGAUUUGUUUUUAGCCCUGAAAUUUUGUGCUGAUUCACAUUGAAUAUGUGAAGGAGACAUUCCUUUACAUGAACAUGCUGAGUUAUUGAUGUUUAAGUUUUAAGUUCACCAAGCGCCUUAGAAAGGAAAUAAGAGUUUUCUCUUCAUUCUGAUCACUUUAUUCGCCUCCUUGCGCUUGUAGCACUUUAAGACACCAAAUCUGGACAGCGACUGUAUUUUAUUCUAUUCUUUUUACCGCCUCAGAGUGUUCUUAAAUCCUGUAAAUAUCAUUUGCUUUUUAAAUGACUGCCAGUGAUUGAUUUUUAGUUUGUCUUUGUUUAGCCAUUUGUUUUUGUUUUCAGACACAGCAGUUUAAAUCAUAGUUGGCCUUUUAUGUCAGAUUCUGUGCCUACGGUGAAUUGACAUCCCAACUGGAAAAACUGUACACAGAAAUUCAAGUUCUCCUUACACUAACGCCAUCAUGUUUCUGAUUAGGACACAUUUCUGUAGUAGAACAAUACCAGUGGGGUAAUAACUGUAGUCUAAAUGUCUCCACGCACACGUGUAGGGCACUAAUGUACUAAUGUAGAGUUUGUUUUGUGGCCUUAAUUUAUGGGUCUUGCUCUGAUUUAUUUAUUUUUUUCUAAGUACAGAGCCACUUAAGGGAUAUAAACCCAGAAAAAAAUAACACGUUUCACGUGAGUAAGAGAAACUAUCUGUUGCUCCCAGUAAAGUUUUCCACAGCCAUGAAAAAGUUUCUCCAGCUUACAAGAAAGUAUGUGAUGGUCUGUACAAACCUUGAUUAGAUAAUUACUGUACCUGCGUUUAUGAGCAACUACAAACACUAACUGUUCAAGGAUCACCAAAGGUCAACAGAAUACAAAGAUACAUUUAUUAUAAUUAUUAUAACACUUGUUGUGAAAGCACAUGUAAUGUCCUAGUUAAAUUUUUCUUCAGUUUGAAUCCCACUUUUUGUGAAAUAAAAAGGUGGUUUCAACCACAUCAGACCAGUUCUAGAUCAAGAACCACUUCACUUAGACUUAAAAGCAUGCAAGCUUAUUCACCUUAAUAUUCUUUAGAUGGUUGAUGUUUUCAGGUACAUUUUGGGUUCCCAGGUCUACAGCCAUCCUCUUCACCAGGCCCAGAGGUAAAAGCAGUAGUAAUGCGUUUUCUGGUGUGCACAGAUAGUUUCUCAUCCUCACCUGAUAAUCUAUCAUGUCCAUAAGAAACUAGAUUUUUUUACUUAUUGUUUUCAUUUUAUUUUUUGCUCAUGUCCCGUUAGAGGCAAAAUAUUCAAGUGCCAAAAACAUGUAAAUAGAAUUUUGCUCAGAACAAUAAG